GGUCCCGUCAUUCCGCGGGCGGGCGGCGCGGGGCGGCCACGGGGCUGCCGCCGCCGCCUCCCCUCACUGAAGGCGCUGCCGGCGCGGAGCGGAGCGGGCCGGGCCGGGCCCGCCCGGGCCCGCCCGGCCGCCGCCUCCAACACCGCCACCAUUCCGCCCCUACCUUCCCGUUGCCGGCGGCCCCCAGCUGCCACCAUGCAAGAGCUCAUCGCCAGCGUGGAUCACAUCACGUUCGACCUGGAGCUGGCCGUGGAGCAGCAGCUGGGGGCGCAGCCGCUCCCCUUCCCUGGCAUGGACAAAUCAGGCGCAGCUGUCUGUGAGUUCUUUUUAAAGGCAGCAUGUGGAAAAGGAGGCAUGUGCCCGUUCAGACACAUCAGUGGGGAAAAGACAGUUGUUUGUAAACACUGGCUACGUGGACUGUGCAAAAAGGGAGACCAGUGCGAGUUCCUGCACGAGUAUGACAUGACCAAGAUGCCUGAGUGUUACUUCUACUCCAAGUUUGGGGAAUGCAGUAACAAGGAAUGUCCAUUCUUGCACAUUGACCCGGAGUCGAAGAUCAAAGACUGUCCCUGGUAUGACAGAGGCUUCUGUAAACACGGUCCCCUGUGCAGACAUCGGCACACUCGGAGAGUCAUUUGUGUGAAUUACCUGGUAGGAUUCUGUCCAGAGGGGCCUGCCUGUAAAUUCAUGCACCCUCGGUUUGAACUGCCAAUGGGAACCACAGAGCAACCACCACUGCCUCAGCCAACACAAACACAGCAAAAGAGGACACCCCAAGUCAUUGGAGUCAUGCAAUCUCAAAAUAACAACAGUGGGAACAGAGGACCCCGGCCAUUGGAGCAGGUCACCUGCUACAAGUGUGGUGAAAAAGGUCAUUAUGCCAACAGAUGCACCAAAGGACACCUGGCCUUUCUCAGUGGACAGUGAAGGAGCAGCAGGAAGGUGUAAGGGAGCUGUUACCACUGAGGAAAGGUUUCUGCCUAGCACAAUGUCUGGAGCUAUUAAUCAGGUUGUUUUUUUAAUGCCAUUACUGAAAGAACUGGUCAGAGGCUGGCUGCUGCUAAGCAACAUUUUUGUAAUUGUUCCCAACUUUUUUUUAAGUUUUAACCUUUUAAAAAUCGAUUUUGGCCUCCGCCUGUGUUCAUUGAGCCCUUAUGAAAGGUAGAUCUAAAAGCCAGUAGAUAAACCAAGCCCUUACUGGUGCAGCACUCCACAUAAACACGUCUUAGGCCAGUGUUUCUUUAAAGUAUUUUCCUUUUGCCACUUCUCUUUGGAGAAUCUGCAGCGUUUCAGCCCUCCCUGUGGAAGCGGGAAGUCUGACUGGGAAAACUUAACACUUGCAAUGUCUUCUCCUCAGUGAGGAAGCAGGGAUGCUGCUGUCCUGUAGCUCUUCAAAAGCAAAGUCCUGUUUCCAGCUCAGCCUGGUGAGCUUGUCCUGGUGGCUGAAGAAACCUCUCACGUACAUCAGGCAGUAAAACCUGUGUCCACUCA